AUGGAAGCGAUUGAUUUGCUAGAAAAACGCAUUGCAGCCCUAGAACUACAAGUUCUUCCAGAAAAUCCAAACUCGGAGGCCAACAAAACCCAAACCAUAACAGAUCUCCUCCUACAGACCCAAACUAUGAUCACAUCGGCCUUAAGCUGUAGAGAAGCAAUCACUUCGAUCCUCCAACAUAUGACAACUAUCAACGAGUACCUGGACCCCAGUACGGAAGCCAGUGAGCUCGAAGUAGAAGCCAAAAGACAUUAUCUGUUGGAGUUAUACCCAGAGCUCAAAGGCACUGUUCAGAUCAUAGGGAAUUUCGAGAACCUGGUACCUUUCAUCGAUUCCUCGAAUAUCCUGAAGGUAGUCGAGCUGUCAGGGAAGUUGGAACAGUACGCAAGCAAUAACUUGACCUUGUAUGAGGAAAGCAGACAGGUUACGAUGAAAGUUUUGAACUCGUUGCAGCAGUACAAUGAUAUCCAAACUUCUUUGAAAACAUUGUUCGCACAGUUAGACAAGGCUGUCAAUGAUUUGGAGAGAGCUUUGAAGCCAAAGUUUUCAACUGAAGAAUAA